AUGGCCGCGGCCGCGACGCUCCGCGGAAGUCCACCCGCGGGGGCGGCCGUGAUGCCGGUGUUGCCCGGUCUCGCCUCUGGCGGCGCCGCGGUCUCCCUGCCCGCCUGGGCCGUCGUUUCCAAACAUCCGUCCGGCUGCGUGCCGCGGCCCUGGUGUGCGGGCGAGCGCGUGAAGCUGAGGACCGGCCACCAGGGCACGUGGCUGGACGGCUUCGUAUCCUGCGUGCGCAGCGACGGGCACAAGACGGUAGUGCAGGUGACUUACUCCGCGAGCGGAAAGACGGUGUGGAUCGAUCCUGCAGCAUGGGGCGAGUCGUUGGCGAGGAUGCCGCGGGAGCCCGCCCAGGGCGGCGCCCCGCCGCUCGGCUGGCAGGCGCCCAGCAGCGCGAGCUGCGCGUCCACGGAGGCCAGUAGCCUCCAGGACGACGGCGAGGAGGGCGACGAGAACUCCGACGAUCCAGAUGACGAUCCGUCGCACCCGUACAAUUCAUUGCGGAUGAUGUACUCCGUGCCAGAAGCGGGCGCCACUUGCCGCAGCAGAGGCCGCGCGCUGCACCACCUGUCCCGCCGGCGGCUGGCCGGCGACGCCGCAGAGGAGGGCGUUGACGGCGCGCCGCCAGGGCCGCGGUGCCCGCAGGGCCACCCGAUGCGGUGCAAGGUCGCCCGCGAGAUCCUCGGGCUGGUCCGCCUGGCCAGGCCAGCCGCUUGCACCGACUGCGGCGCCGCCGUCGACCCGCGGGGCGACGCCGUGUACAGGUGCGGGCAUUGCAGGGUGAGCUACUGCGUGUCCUGCGCCGCGGGUCUUGCAGAGGGCUCAUGCAGCGCCGGCACGGGCCAGCCGAAGGACACGAUGCAGGAGAUCAUGCCCGGGGACAUCCUGUACGCGGGGCCAGACCGCUGGUCGAUCCACCACACCAUCCUGGUCCGCAGCAGGGUCCAGGCCGUCACGGACGCGGACAUCACGAGGCUGUGCGAGCUGCAGCCGGACGAGGAGCUCCUGGAGUGCCACACCGUCGAGACGGCCCGGUCGCUCUCCAGCGAGAUGACCGCGUGGUACCCGACGGUCAGCUACUUCGUGCGUGGCGGCAAGCGCUGGCCGAGAACCGUUCUGGUGGCGGACAAGCCGGUGGAUUCGAACGUCCUGAACGUGCUCGAGGAGCCGGUCCCCAUGAAGGUCGCCAUGCACCCGCUGAGAGGGGAGAAGUUCGAUAACCACAUCUUUAAUGAGGCGGUUAUCUGGGGGUGCGGCACGGCGAGGCCAUACGGCAAGCGCCAGGCCGUGCGUUCCUUCCUCUCGCAGGCGAGGAGGCGUGGGGAGCCGUGCACUCUGGAGCCGAAGGCGUACCCGACGCCCGAGGCGCGGGAGGCGCUGAGGAGCUCGCUGCACGAGUCCUGGGAGGCGCGGCCCAUCUGCGCCUCCCUGUGCAUCAAGGUGUGGCAGAUGUACUUUGAGCUCCUCGGCCGUGCGGCGGGCGAGCCAGACGAGGCCGUGAUGGAGGUACUGCGGUGGAUGCCCGUCUACUCCAACCGCACGACGCCUAGUGCGUUGCUGAAGGACAUCGACGCGAGCUACGCCACGAUCACCCACUUCAUCCUCAAACAUCAUGUACGAGGACAUCGUACUACAUGCCCCACGUUCCCCUCCCACACCAGCACUAUUCCCGAUGGUGCAUCUUAUUGUGGCAGAGGACAACCAGGCUGUAAUUACGAUUGUACAGAAAGGGCGCACGCCCGCAGCUCGUCAUCUUCAUCGUACAUCAACUUGCAUUCGAAAACGGGAACAUGCCAACAAGAACCGAAUUCCCAGACGGCCCCGGCGCCAAUCGCAACGUGA